AUGGCAGAAAUGCAGCGACCAUAUAACGAAACAAACAGCACAAUAGUAUGCUAUGCGCCGACCAUGAUAACAACAAAUGGUAUAUGGCAAGGCGAUAACCCUUUAGAUUAUUCUCUCCCUCUCUUCAUUUUGCAAUUGACAAUGGUCGUUGUUACUACUCGUGUUCUGGUUUUCCUCCUCAAACCCUUCCGCCAACCUCGUGUUAUCUCUGAAGUUUUGGGUGGAGUGAUAUUGGGUCCAUCAGUGCUUGGAAGGAGCGCAACCUUUGCCCAAACAAUGUUUCCUCUAAGAAGUGUGAUGGUGGUUGAGACAUUGGCAAAUAUGGGUCUCCUUUACUUCCUCUUCCUGGUUGGAGUGGAGAUGGACAUUACAGCAAUCAGGCGAACUGGAAAAAAGUCGUUGGCUAUUGCACUUUCUGGAAUGGUCUUACCCUUCGUGGUUGGUUCCGUCUUCGCCUUCUUUCUUUACAAAUCACAGGGUAGCAUGACACUAGGGACUUACAUCCUAUUCUUCAGUCUUGCCGUCUCUGUCACUGCAUUCCCAGUGCUUGCUCGAAUACUUGCAGAGCUUAAACUCGUAAAUUCGGAGAUUGGCAAGAUUGCUUUAUCAUCAGCUCUUGUCAAUGACAUGUGUGCUUGGAUUCUAUUAGCUUUUGCUAUUGCCCUGUCUGAGAAUGAUAGUUCUUCUUUAGCUUCCCUCUGGGUGAUACUGUCUAGCAUAUUAUUUGUUGUCUUUUGCAUUUUUGUUGUCCGUCCAGCAAUCUCAUGGAUGAUCCAGAGAACCCCAGACGGAGAGACCAUCAGUGAGUUCUAUAUAUGUCUCAUUCUCACUGGGGUUAUGAUCUCGGGCUUUAUUACAGAUGCCAUUGGAACACAUUCUGUGUUUGGAGCUUUUGUGUUUGGUCUUGUAAUUCCAAAUGGACCAGUUGGAGUUACUCUCAUAGAAAAGCUUGAGGACUUUGUUUCGGGGCUUCUGCUCCCUCUCUUCUUUGCCAUUAGCGGGCUGAAGACUGAUAUACGCACUAUCAGGCAUCCCAGCACCUGGGGAUAUCUAUUCCUAGUCAUUUUUCUUGCUUGUGCUGGCAAAGUUAUAGGAACUCUCCUUAUGUCACUCAUUUACCGGAUGACUGUACGUGAAGGCGUUACUCUUGGUUUCCUUAUGAACACAAAGGGCCUUGUUGAAUUGAUUGUGCUGAAUGUUGGAAGGGACCAAGAGGUGUUAGAUGUUCAAUCAUUUUCACUCAUGGUAGUUGCAGCUAUAAUCAUGACUGCAAUAGUCAUGCCCGUUGUAACAACAAUUUACACACCGGCAAGGAGGUUCUUCCCAUACAAAAGGCGAACAAUCCAAAGUUCAAAACCAGAUGCAGAAUUUCGAGUACUUGUGUGCAUUCACAACCCUCGAAAUGUCCCAACAAUCAUCAACCUCCUUGAAGCCUCUCACCCCACCAAAAGAUCUCCAAUAUGCAUCUAUGCGCUCCACUUGGUUGAACUCACGGGCCGUGCAUCUGCCAUGCUUAUAGUCCAUAAUACCCGGAAAUCAGGUCGACAAGCCCUUAACCGGACUCAAGCUCAGUCCGACCAUAUCAUCAAUGCAUUCGAGAACUAUGAGCAGCGUUCUGGUUGUGUGUCUGUCAACCCCCUCACUGCGAUUUCCCCUUACUCUAGCAUGCAUGAAGACAUCUGCAAUUUAGCUGAAGACAAACGAGUCGGCCUAAUAAUCAUCCCUUUCCACAAACAACAAACCGUUGAUGGAGGCAUGGAAGCUAAAAAUCCGGCCUAUCAAAUGGUGAACAAGAAAGUACUUGCAAAUGCACCUUGCUCAGUUGGAAUUCUUAUUGACAGAGGCCUAAAUGGGUCCACACGCUUGGCUGCAAAAUCAGUAUCUCACCACAUAGCUGUGCUAUUCUUUGGUGGACCAGAUGAUAGAGAAGCAUUAUUCUAUGCAUGGAGGAUGUCCGAACAUCCUGGAGUAAGAGUUACAGUAUUGAGGCUCAUUAUUGGUGAGGAUGCAAUUGAUCCUGCAGAACUGAACUCUGGAACUAGGAUUAGGAAGUCCGAACAUAUUGGAAUAAGCUAUAAAUUAUUGCGGUUCUUUAAUGGUGGGGAUGCAGCAUCUGAACCUGCAACGUUAGCAAUUAAAGCAAACCAAGAAAGAGAGAAGAAGCUGGACGAAGAUCUUCUAAAGAAGUUCCAAAUACAUACCUCCAACAAUGAAUCAAUCAUGUAUAUAGAGAAAGUGGUGAAUAACGGGGAGGAUACCGUGGCGGCCAUAAGGUCAAUAGAAAGCAGUCAUGACCUGUUUAUUGUUGGGAGAGGACAAGGAAUGACUUCACCACUCACAGCAGGACUAACUGAUUGGAGUGAGUGCCCUGAGCUGGGUGCUAUAGGUGAUUUGUUAGCUUCAUCAGAUUUUGCAUCCACUGUUUCGGUUUUGGUGGUGCAACAGUUUGUUGGGACGGAGCCACAAGAGGAUGACCUUGUGGUUGAGCUUGGCAGUAUGCGUCAUAGCACGCUUGAUGGCGAGGGACCUUCCGAGCCGCCAAGGGGACAAAAUGCAUUUAGGCCAUAUACUACUGAUACUAACUAG